UUACCUGUAAUACGCAUAUCUAGCGUUAGCUGGGGUUAACAGUCGUUGUUAUACAUUUCAUGUUCGCUCCAUUCAAGUAAUCUGGUGGACAGUCUGCCUAUCAACAAAAAUAUCACCAGAAAAAUCUAAUCCCAAUAUUUAAGUUAAAUCUGUUCAAAAAAUUCCUUAUAUCAUGCAGAAAGGAACGUACAACCAAUUAAAUGGAACAAUCCAUUCGAUGAAAAGAAGCAACGACUAUUUCAGGACUGAAGAUGGAAAACAAGAGGACUUAUUUACAUCAUCGUCUUAAACCUAAGGCAUCCCUCGUGUGAAAGAUUAAGACAACUUAUUAGAAUUAUUUUAGUUGAAUGAUAAUAAUUUUGGAUCUGAUGUUUUAUUAGCAUUCCCUCUUAAAACAAAAUGGAUCUUGCAUGUGAUAUUUGCGGAUUAGUAUUUGCAAAAAAACGAAAUUUAGUUCGUCAUAAAUUUAUCCAUACAGGUGAGAAGCCGUACGUAUGUGAAGUGUGUGGAAAAGCAUUUAACUGGAAGAGUAAUUUAACGAAACACUUUCUUGUUCACACAAAAGAAAAAAAUUGUGUGUGCCAUAUGUGCAACAAAGGCUUUUCUACUUUAGCUAGUUUGCAGUCGCAUUUUCUCACCCAUACUGGUGAGAAACCUUUCACAUGCACCAAAUGUAACAAAUCUUUUGCAAACAGAAGUUCGUUAAAUAGACAUCAUCGUAUUCACACAAAUGAAAGACCAUAUGUGUGUAAUGUAUGUCAAAAGGGAUUUACUACUAUGUGGUGCCUUAAGAACCACACUGCUAGGCAUAUCGAAAACAAAAUUGAUGACGGCAAAUCCAAGGUCAAUCCUCCAAAAGAGAAGACUUUCGAAUGUGAUUUAUGCCACAAAUUAUUUGCUUACAAAUCUUCAUUAAAGUUCCAUUAUCGGGAUCAUUUAAAUGAGAGGCCUUUCAAAUGUGAUAUUUGUGGUAAAGCUUUCAUUCGGCAAAUUCGUUUGAAAGCUCAUUCUCUAACUCAUUCGAGUGAAAAACCUUUCAAGUGUGAUGUGUGCGGUGCUUCGUUUUGUCGUUCAGAUUUAUUAAAAUGUCACAGUCGUGGUCACAUAUAUAAAGAUUCAUUUGCUUGUGAGAUUUGUAACAAAACUUUUUCUAGGAAAUCAACGUUGAAUAGGCAUCUCCUAUGUCAUUCACAAGUGAAACCUUUCGAGUGUUUUGUGUGUGGUAAAGCAUUUUCUCAAAAAGCUCAUUUAGUGAGGCAUAAUAACAUUCACAAAACUAAAAAAACUGUAAAUUAGUGUUGAUAUUUUUGUAUGUACCUAUUGUUAUAGACUUUUGUCAAAACAAUUGUUAAAAACUUUAGUUUUAUGAUUGUUAAGGAUAUAUGUUUGAUACUUUUGCAUGUUUCAUUUUUUUUAUAUUAUUAUCAAUAUCAAACCGUAAUAUAAAGCAAAAAGAAAGAAAGGAAAUCUGCAAUGCAGAUUUAAAGUGACUUUUAAUAAUAAUUCUGUAUUUUUUCGCAGAAUGUUUAUAUAUUUAUAUAUUCUUGUUGGUGAUGCAUUUAAGACUCACACAGUAUUUUUAUGUAUCGUUGUAUUCUUGUAGGUAUUUAUUUGUUAAUU